ACUAAAAUAUUUAAACAUCCCACCCCCACUAAGACUGUUACUCUGGUUUAAUAGAUGUUUUCCAUUAGCGUUGUGCAAAAAAUUUAAUAGUUUGUACCUUCUAUCUCCGUUUACAACUUCACUUUGUUAUUUUCUUACGGAAAAUAGAAAAGUAAACUUUUAUUACUCUUGUAUCCAUGGAAGAGCCGGUUUAUAGUUGAAUUGCACAAAACUCCCAGUUUACGGCGGCAAGCUUGCGUUUUUCGUGUUCGUGUAGUUUUCUAGUUUUCUAGUACAAAUUGAUUAAGUUUUGCAGAUAUCUGCCCAGGAAGCAGUCAUGUUUCUAUUCCUUUUGCUAUUUUCGGCCGUGGCUUCGGCACUUAUCCCAGAUCUAACAAAGCACCUGAAAAUGAUUGUGGUUUUCGGAAAACCAACUACAGAAGGACUCAAAAGUAAAGAUGAUUGGGAGGAUUGCCUGGAUAUAUGUUGGGAAACUUGGGAUUGUGUGCUUAUCUAUAAACUUCCCGUUGGCUGUGAGUACUUCUACAUAAAAGACAAUCUAAAAGUCACCAACCAAAAAGGGAUAUCAAAGGAAAAAGUCGCUUUCAAGCUUCCGGUUCCAGAAGGACAGUGCCCAAGCUCCCCAGACCCCCCGUUAUUUGGUGACGCUGCAGUGAGAAUUAAUACUACUGAUGGGACAACAUCCUUUCAAACAACUGUGACGGAUAAUGGAACAUUUUGGGGAUUUCAGUACGGGGUAUACACUUGUUUGAAGGAUAUCCCGGAUACUUAUACAACAAUCAGCAAAACUGUCCCACAACCUUACUAUCACUACCUUACUUCCAAGUUCCUGCCCGGCUCCACUUUCUUCAUGACCGGACAGAUUUCUUCAUCUCAACAUCGCUUCACCAUUUCAUUCUACAAUACGAUCACCAGAUUCUACCCACUUUAUGUCGAAGUUAGGAAUUUCAUCGGCAGCGGCCAGACAGCGCUUAAUAUGUACACAUACAAUGGUAACACACGGAUUAAAGUGCAAACGGAGAAAAGUCCGUAUACGUAUGGAGAAACGUUCAAGAUUUACGUAAAUUCUUCUUAUACCGAAGCGUUUAUUUACUUGGAUAACAACGCGAUCAUCACUCAUGAACUGGUGGAAGGUUAUAAUAUGACAGAUAUCGAUUCAUUUGUUAUUAAUAUAACAAAUGAAUCGACAGAAGUGGCGUUAGACUUUCUGGGAUGGACCGGAGAUUGUUGGUUCGAGCCAAUUCCAGCAACACCUCCCGUGCAGCCUGAGCUCUAA